CUUCGAAUGUCCAAUGUGAUUAUCUGGAUAAUAAUUGCCUUAAUGACUUCUUAUGAGAACUACGAAGAAAAUAUAUUAUUUUUUUUGGAGCACACGGCGUUAAUAUUUGAAAAUGCAUCUUCCAUUUGGCGGUUGUAUUCGAGUCUCCUCGUUAACAUAACAUCAGCGAGUAUAUAAAUUUCCGUAGAUUCUAUCGAUCACAGCAUCUUCUUUAAAUUCUUUUUCUUUUCCAUCUUUCAAUGCCCAUCUGUAGUUAGAGUUUUUUAAACUUCAUAUAUUGACAUUUUUCCAUUUGUCCUUGUUCAAGUCCAUUUUUCUGAAUUGUUUUGACAAGAAAUUCAUUUUUUAGGGCGUCUGGUUAGAAAUUAGAAAAAAAGUUUUAGAUUUAAAAAGGUAGAAUAUGUGUGGUUGAAAAUUAUUUUCAAACACACACACACACACUAGUUAUUGGAGUUAACUGUUGAGCGCAAGAAACAGAUGGGAUUUUUGAGCAGUUUCUUGGGAAUUUUUGGUUUUGGAAUAGGGUUUCUUAUUGGCGUUUUAAUUGGAUUCUAUUUCUUCAUUUAUUCUGAAAAUAAAGAUGUCGAGGAUCCGGUUACUAGGCCACUUUCGGAGCUUGAAACAAUUUCAUUAGAAGAUCUAAUGCCCGAGAUUCCUUUGUGGGUAAAGAGACCUGAUUAUGAUCGAGUUGACUGGUUAAAUAAAUUUAUCUUACAUAUGUGGCCUUUCAUUGAUAAGGCCAGUCAUAGCAUAAUUCGAAGCACGGCAGAACCUAUAUUUGCAGAGUACAUAGGGAAAUUUAAGAUAGAAUCAAUUGAGUUUGAGAAUCUAAGCCUUGGAAAUCUUCCACCAAUAAUUCAUGGUCUCAAAGUUUUUGAGACAAAUGAGAGAGAGUUGGUAAUGGAACCAGCUUUCAAAUGGGCUGGAAAUCCAAAUAUCAUUGUGACACUAACAAUUUCAUCCGUACAAGUAACAGUUCAGCUAGUGGAUUUACAAGUAUUCGCCACACCACUGAUAACUUUGAAACCACUUGUGCAUACUAUUCCAUGUUUUGCAAACAUAGUCGUGUCUUUGCUGGAGAAGCCACAUAUUGACUUUGGAAUAAAAGUUUUGGGUGGGGACAUUAUGUCCAUUCCCGGCCUCUAUCAAUAUAUUCAGGAUAUUAUUCAAAAAGAAGUAGCAAAUCUUUACCUUUGGCCAAAGUCUCUUGAAAUAUCAGUCCUUGAUGCUUCAACAGUGUCCAUAAAGAAGCCUGUUGGAAUAUUGCGUGUAAAAGUUGUGCGUGCAACAAAGCUUCUGAAGAUGGAUUUACUUGGAUUAUCCGAUCCAUAUGUUAAGCUAAGGCUUGGUGGAGAGAAACUGCCAUCUAAAAAGACCACAAUUAAGAAAAAGACAUUGAAUCCGGAGUGGAACGAGGAGUUUAAGCUUUCUGUGAAGGACCCUCUGUCUCAGGUUCUUCAUAUAGAUGUCUUUGAUUGGGACAAGGUGGGGGCACAUGACCUGCUUGGGUCUCAGUUAGUUCCUUUGAAACUGCUGACUCCCAACGAGACUAAAGAAUUAGUACUUGACUUGCUUAAGAAUACAAGUAUUAAUGAUCCUCAAAACAAAAAGCAAAGAGGGCAGAUAACGUUAGAGCUCACAUAUGCUCCUUUCAGAAACGACCUUGAAAGUUUCAGCGGUUGUCUGGAUGGAAUGGCUCGGAAUGAUAGUAUACUCAACAGGGCAUCCAGCAGUGUAAGCCCAAAGGGAGCAGGUUUACUUCUACUUACAGUUCAGGGAGCACAAGAUGUCGAGGGAUCACGUCACAACAAUCCAUACGUGUUGGUGAUCUUUCGAGGCGAAAGAAAAAAAUCAAAGAUGAUAAGAAGAACUCGUAAUCCGAUGUGGAAUGAAGAGUUCCACUUUAUUCUUGAAGAACCUCCUUCACAGGAUAAAAUUCAGAUAAAGGUUAUGAGCAAGCGCACGGUCGUUGGUUUCAAGUCGAAGGAAUCUUUAGGACAUGUGGACAUUGAUCUCGGUGAUGUUGUGCACAAUGGACGUAUUAAUCACAAAUACCAUCUAAUAGAUUCGAAGAAUGGAGUGAUACAUGUUGAUGCACGGUGGAAAAUCAUAUAAAGAGAAGGCAUGACAACAUAAUAUAUGCCAUCCAUUAGGUUCCACAAUUUUUUCCGGAGUUUCUCUUCCAUGUAGUUUAUGUGUAACUCUCUUGAUAUAUUAGUUAACUGCGAAAAAUGGAAGUCAACAAAUUCCUCGUCACCUCCUUGUCUAGUCACGUCUCCAAGCUCUUUUCCAAUUACCAAAAUUCAGGUAGAGCAGCUUCACGUCGACAACUGCUUCCGAGAAAAGACUUAGAUUGAAGAUUAAAAUUUGGCUUGAGUUUCUAAUAUUGCUUGCUUAUGAAAUUCUAGGUAUAUAUAGGUUUCUUUAGCCUAUGGACUUUCAGUCUUUUUGCUUUUCUUGAACAAGUGUCGCCUCGCUAUUUGAGGAUAUCCUUAAUAGAUUGCAAUUCUAGAUGGUUUUAUGACACAUGGCAUUUGUAUUCUGUUUGA